GCGGCGGGGCCCGCGACAGGUGGGAGCAAAGAUGCCAUCAAAGCAGAAGCCAAUGCGGUACGGCCACACCGAGGGACACACCGAUGUCUGCUUCAAUGACACUGGCAGCUGCAUUGUGACUUGUGGCAGUGAUGGAGAUGUUAGGAUUUGGGAAAACCUGGAUGAUGAUGAUCCAAAGUCCAUUAAUGUGGGAGAAAAGGCCUAUUCGUGUGCUCUAAAGAAUGGAAGGUUGAUCGCAGCAGUCUCCAACAACACUGUCCAGAUCCACACAUUUCCUGAGGGAGCUCCAGAUGGGAUCCUCACUCGUUUCACCAUGCCUGUCAACCACGUCACCUUUAGUCCUGAUGGCACCAAAGUUGCUGCUGGAUCCAGUGACUUUAUGAUCAAAGUUGUGGAGGUGACUGAUAGCAGCAAGCAGAAAACAUUCCGAGGACAUGAUGCUCCUGUUUUAAGCCUUUCUUUUGACCCCAAGGAUGUUUACCUGGCCUCGGCGAGCUGUGAUGGUUCUGUCAGAGUCUGGAACAUUGCAGAUCAGACAUGCACGAAAAGCUGGCUGCUGCUACAGAAAUGUAAUGAUGUGAUAAAUGCUAAAUCAAUCUGCAGGCUUGCCUGGCAACCUGGCACUGGCAAGCUGCUGGCAGUUCCUGUAGAUAAAGUUGUUGAACUGUUCAGAAGAGAGAGCUGGGAUAGUCAAUUUGAUCUGUCAGAUGCCUCCAUCACACAGCCUUUGAAUGUUGUGGUCUGGUCUCCUUGUGGGCAGUUCCUGGCAGCUGGAAGUGUGGAUGGGAAUUUAGUGGUGUGGAAUGUGGAAACCCAGCAGUGCAUAGAGAGGAUGAAGCAUGAGAAAAAAUACUCAAUUUGUGGACUGGCAUGGCACCCUAAGCAUAAAAAAAUUGCUUACACAGACAAUGAAGGAAACCUGGGGCUGUUGGAAAAUAUUGGUGAUGUGGAGAAGCCCAGUGACAAGGUUGCCAGUGCAGUGGCCAAAGACUACAACGAUCUGUUUGAUGGAGAUGAUGAUGAUUAUUUAAAUGGGGACGUGAUUGAACCAGCUUCUUCCCCAAAAACUGGAGAGAAUGAGGAUGAUGCUGAUGACCUUAUGCAACCCCCAGGCCAUGGGAGACGGGCAGUAAUUGAUGAUGAUGAUGAUAACUCACUAGAUAUUGGGUUGAUUAAAGCUAGUUCUGGUCUUCUUGAGAAGGAAGAUGAUGGUGAUGAUCAGACUGGUGGCUUUUCAGCUUUGCCACCAUCAUCUACACAACAGCCUUUCUAUGAUGGGCCAAUGCCAACCCCCAGGCAAAAGCCCUUCCAGUCUGGCUCCACUCCUGUGCAUCUGAUGCAUCGAUUCAUGGUGUGGAAUUCGGUCGGAAUCAUUCGCUGCUACAACGACGAGCAGGACAACGCCAUAGACAUCGAGUUCCACGACACCUCUGUGCACCACGCCACUCACCUCCCCAACUCCCUGGGCCACACCAUGGCUGACCUCUCCAAUGAAGCCAUCCUGCUGGCCUGUGAGAGCACAGAGGAGCUUGCAAGGUAAGUCAUGGCUUUGCUCUGCAAAACCCAUAAUAGGAAGCAGGGAUCCUGCACAAGGCUGCAGUUUUCCUCUGAAGCCAAAUAGUUGUGUGUCUGACAGUGAUAUCCAUGGGCAACACUGCAUUAGAAUUAAUUUUUGAUUCAAAACUAAUUUAGCCAAUUCUUCUGUUUUCUAACACAAUCAUUGAAUAAUUUCUUCCUAGGUACUGGCUUUGAUGGGGACCAGUGCCUUGGGAUACAGCUGAUGGAGCUAGGAAUGAAGAAAAGACAAAUUUUGCAUGGAGAUCCUGUUUCUCUGACAAGAAAAUCCUAUUUGGUGUGGGUUGGAUUCUCUGCAGAAGGUACCCCUUGUUACGUGGAUUCCGAGGGAACCGUGAGGAUGCUGAACCGAGGGCUUGGGAACACUUGGAUUCCAGUGUGCAACACCAGAGAGCAUUGCAAAGGGAAAUAUGAUCAUUACUGGGUCGUUGGCAUCCAUGAAAAGCCCCAGCAGCUCAGGUGUAUCCCUUGUAAAGGAGCCCGCUUCCCUCCCACCCUGCCACGACCUGCUGUAGCAAUCCUGCCUUUUAAACUGCCUUAUUGCCAAGGUGAAACAGAGAAGGGACAGAUGGAGGAGCAGUACUGGCGUUCUGUUUUAUUUCACAGCCACAUGGAUUACUUGUCAAAAAAUGGAUACGAAUUUGAUGAAAAUGCUAAAAAUCAGGCAGUGAAAGAACAGCAGGAACUUCUAAUGAAGCUGUUUGCUCUUUCCUGUAAGCUGGAGCGCGAGUCCCGCUGCGUGGAGCUCGCUGAGCUCAUGACCCACAGCGUGCUGAAUUUGGCCAUCAAAUACGCCUCCCGCUCCCGCAGGCUCAACCUGGCCCAGCUCCUCAGUGAGGUGGCCGUGGAAAAAGCCUCAGAGCUGGCAGCAGCACAGGAAGAUGAGGAGGAGGAAGAGGAUUUCCCAAAGCACUCGAGCGCCGGUUCCAGCAGCUCUGCCACCAAGUGGGGUCAGCUGCCAGGCAGGAAUGUUCAGCAGGACCAAGAAGUGGAAGAUGAUGAAGAAACUGAUGCCUGUGAGGAAGCAGAAGAAACCCCAGAAGUGCAUAAAGAGAAAGAGCCAAAUUGUUUCUCCAAAGGUGUCACUUCAGCAGAGGUAACUACUCCAAAGCCUGCUCUGGUUGCAUCCAGCAGCAGAGGACGAGUGAAUCCAUUUAAGGUGUCAUCCAGCAAAAAGGACCCAGUGGUCCCCUCAGGAAAAGUUUUAGACAAUAUGACCAAAUACUCAAAGAAAACAUCUUCAUCUGGCAGUCGAGCUGCAGACAAGCAGAACCCUCCAGUUAUAAAGCCUCUGACUCCCAAACCCAAGACCAAGCAGGCUUCAGCAGCCUCCUUCUUCCAGCCUCGCACACCUGCAGCUAAUCCUGGUGAAAAAACAGUGGAAGAAAGAGAAGAAAAAGCAGGAAAUGAGUCCCAAGAAGCCAAAGUCGCUGCACAGGAAAACACUGAAAACAGAAGACCAAAGACAGGUUUCCAGAUGUGGCUAGAAGAGAACAGAGCAAACAUUUUGACAGAUAAUCCUGAUCUGAAUGAAGCAGAAGUAAUAAAAGAAGGAAUGAGUCGAUUUAGAAUGCUGACAUCAGAGGAAAGGAUGGUGUGGACUGAGAAAGCAAGAGGAGGAAGAGUCGGUGACUCAGCAGAAGACAAAAAGAGGAAGCGCCCCACAGCUGAGGAAGAUGAAGUGAAAAAGAGCCAGGAGCAGAAAUCAGAGGACACAAAUGUAUCCAAAAAAUCCAAGCCUUUAGAUCCAUCCACAAACAACAGAUUGUCAUCUUUUGCCUUCAAGCAGAGCUAGAUGAAGUGGUCCCUUCUCAGUGUCUGUGUUCUGAAAGAAUUCAUGGAAGAAAUUCCUCUGUGUUGAGGAGUUGGCUGCCAUGCUUGAAGAGCACUGGCAAAAAGAGUGCCUGGCUCCAAAUAGUCUGUUAGAAAGUGGUUUAUUAUCAAUUUUUGAGAGGAAUGUUGAAUCCCCUCCCACAGUCUUUGACCAGUUCCUGCUCAUGGGCCUGUUCCCUGGCAGCACACCCUGAGCAGAGCUGUGUACUGUGGUACACCCCGUGUGCCCUGAUAGCAGUGAUAUUGGGUGCUAAAUGCAGAUUAAUCCUUCUGGGGAGGGUAAACUACUACAAAAUCUGCCCUGUGGUUUUAGAGAGGCAAAAUAAUGGCUUCCCUACCAUCCCUACUGCCUUGAGAGCAAAGACACUCCAGGAAAUGGGUGUGAGGAGGAGAAAGCUGGACACCAGCAACAUGUUCAGCUGCAUUUUCAACACCUGUGGCAUUGGCAGAGCCUGAUGUGGGCAGGGAUAGAAAACCAGAGCAGAAACUGAGUUAGGAAGGUCAGGUGUGCAAAGCCAAACCAUUCCAGACUGUGCAAAGGUGCUUUCCCAAUCCCUGCCUCAGCAGGAUCCAGAAACUGCUCGGAACUUUUAAUAUUUCUAACAUUUAUGUCUGUAAUGUUUGUUUCUUUAAAUAAAAUGGCUGUUUCUUUA